AUGGCCGAGACGAGGAAUUGCACUCCCUACGCCGCCUUCGUCUUCUUCUUCCUCUUCUAUUUACUUGUGAUAGAUCUAUGCUGUCAAUGUCGUGGUGCAAAUCCAGAUGAUACAACCAUCAAACUCUCCUCGCUCCAGAAGAUAUACCUCCAAGCCAAUGCCUUUGAUUCCAUCCCAAGUGGAUUUUUCAUCGGACUCUCCUCCCUCCAAGAGAUCUCUUUAGACGAUCUCCCUCUCACCCCCCGGAGCCUCUCCCAGGACAUCACUUCCGCGACUAGACUCGUCUACUUUUCCGCCAUCAACGCUUACCUCACAGGGUUGAUUCCCGACUUCCUUGGCUCCUUGUCGAGCCUCGACAUCCUCCAUGUCUCUUACAACCAGCUCACCAGCCCCCUCCCGAGCUCCUUCGCCGGCUCCGUCCUCAUGAAACUCUUCCUUGAUCACCAACAAUCUCGUGACAAGAUCUCCGGCUGA